AUGCCAACCCCCAGCAACAACACUCCGAUCGAGGCCAUCUCCACUCGCACUUGUCCCGAGCCGGAUAGAAACGCCUGGCGAGACACGGAAUCCAGCGACCCCAUCAACGUGAUUGCUUCCGAGCGUUCUACCGAGCCAUCUGUGCGCAGCCGGUCCGAUGAUGGCUCCAUGCCAACGCCGACAAAGGCAGAGAAGCUGGCGCCUAUUGUGGACGACGAGCCAGAGCCCAUCCGAGCCACAUCCCCUGCCGAGUCUACAUGCAUCCGCAGCCAGUCCCCUUCAUUACCACAGUCGAGCUCUUCGCUUCUGAGCUGGGAGUUUUCUAAUGUUCGGCUUUUGCCAAAUCACACUUCCUCCUUUCUGCGGUCCGGUAGCAAAUUUGUCGGAACGCAACAAAGCGAUCGCCAGGUGUACAAUGUUGAUGUCGAGAUCAAGCAUGUAGAUAUGGCUGAGUCCUAUCUCUGCGGCUACCUUCGAAUCCAAGGUCUCACCGAAGAUCAUCCUACCCUAACCACAUUUUUCGAGGGUGAAAUUAUUGGCACCAAGCACACUUUCCAAACUCGGAAUGAAGAAUGGGGCGCAUCGGAAAAGACGGAUCUCCACCACUGGUCUCGAUUUCCCGCCUGGCGUCCGCUGGCUAAGCAGGCCAAACGAGCGGAUUUCACCUACCGGAAUUUUGCACAACGUGAGCACAUUUUCAUGAGAUGGAAAGAAUCUUUCCUGGUCCCGGACCACCGCGUGCGGACAAUCUCAGGGGCUAGUUUCGAGGGAUUUUACUACAUCUGCUUCAACCAGAUCGAGGGAACAGUGAGCGGUGUCUAUUUCCAUGCGAAAAGCGAACGGUUCCAACAGCUUGAGCUUAAGCAUGUCGAGGAUCGUGGAUGCGCACCAGCCGUCGAGUUCCGCUAA